AUGAUGUUCAGCAACCACUUUUAUCCCCUCCUGUUACUAGAGAGAAAAAUGUCUGCAGAUAACCAGUGGUCAGCAGAUGAGGAAGAAGGCCAACUCUCCCGACUGAUCAGGAAAUCUAGGGACUCCCCCUUUGUCCCCGUAGGAAUAGCAGGUUUUAUGACUGUGGUGUCCUAUGGUCUUUACAAGUUAAAGUACAGAAAAGAUCAGAAAAUGUCCAUUCAUCUUAUUCACAUGAGAGUUGCUGCCCAAGGAUUUGUUGUAGGAGCUGUGACUCUAGGUGUUCUCUAUUCUAUGUAUAAGGAUUAUAUCAGACCUCGAUUCUUCAGCGUGUCCAAAAAAUGA